UUGCUAGAGUUCCCAACUUCUGAUUCAUUGAGUAGUUGUCAUUGUAGCGGGCAGUGUUUCGGACGUGAACUGUUUUAAUUUUAUUUAUCCACAUCUUCAAACUAAAUUAUCGCUAUGAUUGUUUAAUCUGCCUACACGACAAUUAAUUACAUUUAUACACGCAUUUCUAUAGUUCUUUUCCCAUUGUAUUGUGUUUUAAGUCUGCCAGUUCGAUACGGUUAAGUGGAGGUGCUUUUUAACAACUGAACAUUUCUGUGGGGUUUGCAUAAUGGACCAGAGUAGCAUUACUCCGAACACAUCAAAUCAGCAGUUGGUGAUAAACGGGGACAAUGAUUCAGCGACAGCGCUGCUGCACGAGAAACAGUCUCGUAGACGAAUUACUCUGAGCGAUGUCACCUUCAGAGAAUACAUGACUAUCGGAAUACUGUGUUUCGUCAACCUUAUCAACUAUAUGGACAGGUUCACCCUGGCGGGCGUACUGGAUGAGGUAAAAGCAGACUUCAAAAUCGGCGAUGACAAAGCUGGACUCCUACAGACAGUGUUUGUCAUCGCCUACAUGGUGUUUGCGCCGAUCUUCGGAUACCUGGGGGACAGAUAUUCGAGGCGGUUGAUAAUGGCAUUUGGUGUGGCGCUGUGGAGUAUAACCACCUUCGCUGGUUCUUACAUUUAUACAUACGCCGGUUUCGCAGUAUUUCGUGGCAUGGUGGGCAUCGGUGAAGCUUCGUACUCCACUAUAGCGCCUACAAUAAUAAGUGAUCUCUUCGUCGAUAAUGUCAGAUCGAAAAUGCUCGCAUUCUUCUACUUCGCCAUACCCGUCGGGAGCGGGUUCGGCUACAUCGUAGGAUCGGUGGUAGGCGGUGCUGCGGGCAACUGGCGAUGGGGGUUGAGAGUGACGCCGAUCUUGGGAGCCGUUGCGGUCGCACUCAUUCUAUGGGUGAUGGAGAACCCAGAGAGGGGUCAGGCUGAGGAAAGUCGAAUGAAACCAACAUCUUAUACGGAGGAUUUGCGAUCACUUGUAAAAAAUCCAUCGUUCAUGCUGUCUACGUUGGCAUUCACGUGCGUGGCUUUCGUCACCGGCGCGCUGGCGUGGUGGGGGCCGCAGUUCAUUUUCCUCGGCCUCACCCUACAGCCCAAGGUCAACAUCACGCAGGAGAGGGUUUCGUUAAUCUUCGGCGCGCUGACGAUGGCGUCGGGCAUCGUGGGCGUGCCGCUGGGCGCAUGGCUGGGCGCCGCGCUGGUCAAGCGUUGGGGACGCGCCCACGCCGUCAUCUGCGGCGUUGGGCUCCUCGUGUCCACGCCCGCCAUGGCGCUAGCGAUGCUGUUCACGGACAUUUACCCCGUCGCGCCGUUCGCUCUCAUGUUCUUUGGCGAGAUAGCGCUCAAUCUCAACUGGGCGAUAGUUGCGGAUAUGUCGCUGUAUGUGGUUAUACCACCUAGAAGAUCAACGGCGGAAGCUUUUCAGAUCUUGAUAUCACACAUGUUCGGGGAUGCUGGGAGUCCUUACUUAGUAGGAGUGAUAUCAGAGUCUCUAAAAAGAGCAUCAUCUCCUACAGAGUCACCCAGCCUGAGGGUGCAAUUCAGGUCACUGCAAUAUGCGUUAUUUGUGACAUGUUUCGUCGAAGUCAUCGGUGGCAUAUUCUUCUUAUUAACGUCAUUGUACAUCGUGAAAGACAAACAAAAAGUCGAUAGAGCUAUAACAGCUUAUGGUAUUUUCGAAUUGCUAUAGCCAAGCAGAAGUGCAAAGUGCGGAGCCGUCUCAUAGCAACGCCCCGGAAGAGGACAUUGGGGGUGAAUAAUAACAUGUUAACUGUAUUUAUUGUCGUUUUUACUUAGCAUACGAGUUAAUCCUUGAGAGCUGUGACUUUGUUCAUCGGCAACCGCCCAGAGCCGAAAAGCCAGCAUAGAAACAAAGAUCGGGUAUCGGAUUAUUGCGUAAAAUUACAUUUAUGUAAGUGACAUUGGUUUCGCUUGCAAUGAAUCGUGUGCGUCUGAACCGCGGUUGGUUAGUAGUAUAUCAAAUGAUACACGAUAUUAUGUCGUAGCGUUUUAGAAGUAUAUAUAUACUUCAAAGUAUUAUACGACGUUUAGAUGCCACCCGCCUGACGUCAGCUUAGAGGGUGCACUUAAUUUUAGUCUGUUUUUUUUAAUUUAUGCAUAGAUAUCAAAUACUACUAAUAAUAAAUCAUGUUUCAUUUGAUUUUAUUACUUACCACCUGCGUUUCUUACGCACACCAAUGAAUCUGUUGUUACAUAGGUGUUAGAGCCAGAAUAUGUGAAAUUACAAUUACUGUCGUCAACAGCCGUUACUCUAUACUUUUAAAAGAUUGAAUUCUGAAUAAACUUAACACUCUUUGGAACAGUAUAGGCAUAAAAGUCGAUUUAGUAUAUGAUAAAAACAGAGUCGACUUAAAUUACGUUACUUCUAUUUAUUAACUUUUAUAUAAUUACUAGUAUUGUUUCCAAAUAUGUUGGUUGUCUCGAAUUAAUUUGUUUGUUAUUACCGAGGAACAUUAUAAUUUUGUCAUGUUCUGGCAAUAACUGCGACAAAAUAUCGAUCGUCAUAUAAUUUAUACAGAAGACUGAUUCGUAAAUGCACAGCACUUGAUAAAAGAAGUAUGUAAGAUGCGAGAGUGAGAUAGUUGUAGUUAAUUUAAGGUUACGGUAAUUAAGUGUCACAAUUAACUACUGGCCUAAAUGACACGAUGUGCCUAACAAAUCAUUUCGUAUUAUCGUUACGAUCAUUAUGCAUUUUUUAUAAUAUUAAAUUACAUUUUCACAUUUGCUAGCUGCCCAUCUAUUUAUUUUACAAUCACCGAUUGCUGUUGAAUCACACACGGCUGUCUCUAGUUACCUUCGAGACAAAAAAUUCUAUUUAAGAAUAUUUCAGUCAGUGUUCACCCAUAUUCACAAAUGGCUGUAGUUAGCCACAAAAUUUGCAAGAAUGAGUUAUAGGUACGGAAAUGAUACACGAAAAUAAUAAGUUUUUAGAUUGAAUUCUGAAUAAACUUAACACUCUUUGGAACAGUAUAGGUUAUAGUAACAUACUUUUUAUGGCUGGUAACCAAAUCAUAUGUUAGGCUGGUAUCCUCUUUUGUUAUUAUGUAAUUAUAUUACCAAUUGUCAAUAACUCAAAAGUAACUGAGUGGGUUGAGUCCUUUCUAACUAUAGGCAAAUAAUGCUGAUGUCCGAGUAGUGUUUAAAUACUCUUUAUCACAGAGCUUUCGAAAUCAGAGAAGGAACUUAACUUUGCGUUCUGAUGAACUGUUUGUGUAUUUUUGGUAUAAAAACAUAGUAGAUAAAAUACUACAACCUAAUUUAGUUUUUUAUUGAUCUCCAAAAUUCCAAGUUUUGAUCGAAAGCUCUUUGUAAGUUACUGAUUCAAGCGUUGUUCAGAACGGCGUAAUUACGCGUGAAACCUUUCUAAAAGGUUUCUAACCGAUUUUCUUUUACACAAAACCUUAUAUGACAGCGGCUGUUACUCGUUGUAAAUUAUAUAUGUUGACUAUAGUUUGCAACCGUCAGAAAAGUUCAAAGGUGCCUAAACUGGGCGUAAAAAUAGCUGUUCAACCACUAAAGGCCCCUACAGGCUAUGCUUGUAAACGCUUUGUAUUCGCUUCUAGUAGUUCAAAAUCUAGCGUAAGAGUUUCAGCGAUGUUUCGCUGCCUCGUCCUCUUUUGAUAAGGUUAUAGGGAUUUUAAUUUUUAAUCUACGAUGUAAAGAAACUUACCAUAUCAGCCAAUAACCCUGAAUUAAAUAAAAUUAAUUAACUGAACAUUAUAUAUUAUGCUAAUUGACAAUCUUACGUAGUCGGCGUAUUACAAAAAAAAAUAUUGCCAUUUCAAAUAACACCUUGUUGCCAUAAUUUAAGCAUUAAAUCUCGUUCCUUAUUCCGAGCUAAAACGAAGAUUGCCGAGUAGCAUAGUUAAUUUCUUACUACCCUACUUGUUUUAUGUUAAAUUACCUCAAAGCACUUGUCACACAAGAAAGAGAAAGUUAUAUUAUAUUAUUAUUAUUUAUUCUGAUUGUGUUUAUCAUUUAAAAAUCAUUAUUUAACUUAUUAAUAUAAAUGCAAUUUCGAACGGAAGGAUACUUAAGUACGGUCUUUGGUAUCUGUUGUAGAUAUAUUCAUACAGUUUAACGAUACUUGCCUUAGAAAACGAUGUUUUUAGUAGAUUUUAAUAAUUGUAUUGUAAUGUUAAACAGCGGUUCCACAUCUUUUAUUAUUGUUAAAUUUUAUAUUUCUCAUAAUAUAAAUAAAAGAGUUUCUAAAAUAUUUAUUAGUUGUGUACGAGUAUUAAUGGGACUUUAUUGGCACGUAUGCACAUAUUAAGCAAAACACGCAGAGUUAAGUCAAAUAUUAGUUAAUAUUUUGUACCUAUGCCCUGAAAAUAAGAUUUUAUUUGAAUGAGCAAGGUAUUAAGAGGUUUGUUCCGAAAUAUGUAUUAAGGCUGGCGCAUAUUAGCACACGCAAACGACUCAUUUUUCAUUACGGCGCCUGCGGUGACGCUGCGGCGCGGCGAUCUAAAAAAAAUCUAUCAACAGAAUUUACGGCGAGUCACCGCAACGCGCCGUAUGAACCGGCUUACGAAUACUUGAUCGUGUUUAACACGAGGCCAGCAAUAUGAGAUAAACGAUGUUUUGAAAGUUAGAUAGAAGUUUGCCUGCAAGAGAAAAGGACAUGGGUACGGGUUCUAACUGUAUUUUUCUUUAACUUACAAUUAACGUCUCUUAUCUCAUUUUGUUCGGCUCUCUAUAGGUUCUAUUAUUGUAGAAGAGGUCUCAAGUACUCGUCCACACCAAGCGCACACGGAAACGUGGCUUCCUACG